CAAAAACAUGACAAAAUACAAGUCGAUCAAAUGAGAGGCCAGUAAUGAUAUCCCAACGGCCAAAGCCAAAUCAGUGAGUUGAAACAGUUUAUAAAAGCUCCCUCAAUUCUCACAAGCUCCUCCAUGUUCUUUUAGACAUGGCCUUGAAGAAGAUAGCUCUGCUUCUGUUUGUUAUGUUUACCUUGUUUUUGUUGAAGGUUUCUAAUGCAGCUGUGUACAAAGUUGGAGACUCUGGUGGCUGGACGACCCUUGGCAAUAUUGAUUACAACAAAUGGGCUUCUUCCAAAACCUUUCAGAUUGGUGACACCAUCCUUUUCCAGUACCAUGUUCAGAUUCACAAUGUGAUGAAUGUGACACAUGCUAUGUACACAGCAUGCAAUGCUUCAGCCCCUUUAGCCACUUACACCACCGGCAAUGACUCCAUCACGAUUAAAACCGAAGGGCACCAUUACUUCCUCUGUGGCAUCCCGGGACACUGCCAAGCCGGACAAAAGGUUGACAUCAACGUGCUCGCUACAAGCGGUCAACCUGCUGCAGCUCCUUCGGUGCCCCCUCCUUCUGUCCCUGCAGCAAAAGCUCCUGGGCCUUCUUCUAGUAAUGCUGUGUCAUUGAAACCUUUGAAAUCUCUUCUGGGUAAGUUUGCCUUGACAAUGGUAGCAGUUCUGCUAUGUUUGUCUUCAGGCCUUAAUUAGCGUAGCUUGUGGGCUCUUUGGAGGUCUAGUUAUAUAUAUUGAACUCUAUUUUGAGGCCUCUGUACUGGAAUUAUCUUCAGUAUUGUAACCUGUAAUUUUUCUUUUUAUGUUCUGUUCCUGCAACAAUGUUGAAAAUAUAGUGAAAUGGAUGCUCUUUUACUACA